GUUCAGACCCGAACUCGAGUGUGAACGCAAUCCGCAAAGCCAUUGACUGCUUCUUUUUGGUGUUUAACUUUAGCCCUCUCAAUCUCAUCGUUCUUUACGCUUUAUAUCAUCAGUGGAAUUCACGCGCUUCUCUUCCUCUUCUUUUUCCAUUUCCAGCCUCUCCAUCUUCGAUUAUUAUUGAAAUUUUCUGUCUUUUCUUUGCUUUUGUUUAAUAAAGCUUUCGAUUUUGGGGGUUGUUGAAAUCUCUUGAAGAAGAACCCUUUCUCUCUCUAUUGGCUUCUGGUAUUGGGUGAUGAAAUCUGGGGUUUAUUUGGAGAGUUUUGAUGGCUAAUUAACAAUGGCUCAAGCCAGAAGAUGCCUCCCUAAUCAACAAUUAGACCUUCAGCAGAUAUUGCAAGAAGCACAACAUCGUUGGCUUCGUCCUGUUGAAGUGUGUGAAAUACUUAGCAACUACCCCAAGUUUCGUUUAUCAGACAAGCCGCCCACUAAGCCUUCAGCUGGAUCGUUGUACCUGUUUGACCGGAAAACAAUUCGAUACUUUCGUAAAGAUGGUCAUGAUUGGAGGAAGAAGAAGGAUGGAAAAACUGUCAAAGAAGCUCAUGAAAAGUUGAAGAUUGGAAGCGUGGAUGUUCUUCAUUGUUACUAUGCUCAUGGGCAGUUUAAUGAGAAUUUUCAGCGGCGUUGCUAUUGGAUGCUUGAUGGGCAGUUGGAGCAUAUUGUUUUUGUUCAUUACAGAGAAGUAAAAGAGGGGUACAGAUCUGGAAUCUCUCGUUUACUAGCAGAUACAGGAUCUCAGAGUGUAAGCCUGCAAACUGGUUCCACUCCUUCCCUAGCACAUGAAAAUUCAUCCGCUGCUAUUAUUCAGACAUCUCACGUAUCGACAAGCAGACUUGAUUGGAAUGGGCAAACAUUGUCUUCUGAAUUUGAGGAUGUUGACUCUGGGGAUUAUCCAACUGCAUGUUCUGCUGUCCAACCUAUACAUGGUUCCAUAUCUUGUACUGCUUCAGUGGAUCCUGAAGUUGCAGGUUUUCCAGAGUCAAGAAGGAAUCCUCCCAGUUCAUGGUUUACAGAAUCUAAUUCUAAUCAUGGCACUGAGUCAUAUUUCUGGCCUGACAUCCAUCAGUCAAUCACAAAUACCAUUAGCAUGUCAGACCAUAAACUCUAUGUUGAACGGCCUACUGCAGCUGAUUUUAUAACUCAUAAGGAAGCACAGGUGAGACCGCAUGAUGUCUCAGAUGUUGUAACAUGUGGAGAUAAGUUAAUCAGUCCUGUAGAUGUCCAAGCAGUUGGAGAAUCUCCACAGAAAUUAAUUCAGGUGCAACAGGCGUAUGAUUUCAAUUUUAUAGGUCUGCAGUCUCAGAAUUAUUCUGGUCUGCAAAAGGUUGUCUCCUCUUCCACGCAAAUUGAGAAUGAACCCAAAGACAGCGGUUUAAAUAAUGAUGAACCAGUAGAGCUGAAAAAGCUUGAUAGCUUUGGAAGAUGGAUGGAUAAAGAAAUUGGUGGAGAUUGUGAUGAUUCCUUGAUGGCUUCUGACUCUGCCAAUUAUUGGAAUACACUUGAAACUGAGACUGAUGACAAGGAAGUAUCCAGUUUAUCACACCAUAUGCAGUUGGAUAUUGAUUCGUUGGGUCCUUCUCUUUCUCAGGAACAGUUAUUUAGCAUUGUUGAUUUCUCACCUGAGUGGGCUUAUUCGGGUGUAGAAACAAAGGUUUUACUCAUUGGAAUUUUUUUGCAAAGCAAGGAGCAUUCUAGUGCUGCUAAAUGGGGCUGUAUGUUUGGUGAAAUUGAAGUUUCUGCUGAGGUUUUGACUAACAAUGUUAUCCGUUGUCAAGUUCCUUCUCAUGCUCCUGGGCGUGUUCCAUUUUAUGUCACCUGCAGCAACAGGUUGGCAUGCAGUGAGGUAAGAGAGUUUGAAUAUCGCGAAAAGCCACCUGGAUUUUCAUUUGGUUCGGCUAUUAAAAGUACAGCAGAAGAGGAAAUACACCUGCAAGUUCGUCUAGCAAAAUUGUUAUAUAUUGGCUCAGGGAGAAAAUGGAUGGAUUGUUCUGUUGAGAAAUGUGAUAAAUGUGGGUUGAAAAAUAGCAUAUAUUCCAUGGGAGUAGCAAGUGCAAAUGAUUGUAUGCAAUAUAAAGAGGGAUUGAUUCAGAAUUUGCUAAAGGAAAGACUUUGUGGGUGGCUGCUAUACAAAGUUCAUGAAGAUGGUAAAGGUCCAUAUGUCCUGGAUGACAAAGGUCAAGGAGUAAUACACUUGGCUGCUUCUCUUGGUUAUGAGUGGGCAAUGGGCCCUAUAGUUGCUGCAGGGAUAAGUCCCAAUUUUAGAGAUGCACGAGGUAGAACAGCGCUUCACUGGGCAUCAUACUUUGGAAGAGAAGAAACUGUCAUUGCACUAAUUAAACUGGGUGCAUCCCCUGGUGCUGUUGAUGAUCCCACACCAAAUUUCCCUGGUGGAAGAACUGCAGCUGAUUUAGCAUCAAGUAGAGGGCACAAAGGAAUAGCUGGAUACCUGGCCGAAGCUGAUUUAAUCACCCAUCUUUCUUCAUUGACUGUUAACCAAAAUGUGGUAGGCAAUGAUGAUGAUGCAACUACAGCAGCAAAAAGGGCCAUUAAGACUGCUGCUCAAAUUGCUCCAUCUAAUGGGCCAUUAGAUGAGCAUUGCUCAUUGAAAGGGUCCCUUGCUGCUGUUAGAAAAUCUGCUCAUGCAGCUGCUCUAAUUCAAGCUGCUUUUCGGGCUCGUUCAUUUCACUACAGACAAUUGACUAAAGGCAAUGAUGAUAUAUCAGAAGUUUCUCUUGAACUAGGCAUUCUUGGGUCAUUGAACAGGCUUCAAAAGAUGAGUCAUUUUGGGGACUAUUUGCACAUUGCAGCUGCAAAGAUCCAACAGAAGUAUCGUGGCUGGAAGGGAAGGAAGGAAUUUUUGAAGAUACGUAAUCGAAUUGUGAAAAUUCAGGCUCAUGUAAGGGGACAUCAAGUUCGUAAACAAUAUAAAAAGGUUGUUUGGUCUGUCAGUAUAGUUGAAAAGGUAAUUCUGCGUUGGAGACGUAAAGGUGCUGGUCUAAGAGGAUUUCGUGGGCAAAAGUCAAUUGAAAAUGCAGUACCAGAGAUUGAGAUAGGCGAUGAAUAUGAAUUUUUACGACUUGGUCGACAACAGAAGGUUCAUGGAAUUGAGAAAGCCCUAGCAAGAGUAAAGUCCAUGGCUCGUGAUCAAGAAGCACGUGAGCAGUACAUGAGGCUAACUACAAAAUUUGGAGAAUCAAAGGUGAGUGAGAAAGGAAGCAGUGAUAGCAGCAGCAAUGUGGAAAGCCAUGAAAGAAAAGAGGAAAAUUUGCUCGCAUUUUGUGGGUGAUCGAUCAAUGAUAUCCCUCAGUGCCAGCUAAUCUCGUCAAAACCAAAGCUUUUUGUGCAGGCCAGUUAAUUGGUAUAUAACAGCUAUUGGUAACUACUGCCCUAACAUUACGAUUUUGUCUGCAACAACUUUUAUAUAGGAUAGAAGGGGGUAACAAGGGGAAGGAAAGAAGGGAUUGUAAAUUAUGUUUUCUGAUUUUCUUUUUCUCCCCCCUUGUAAACGGUAAUCAAAUUUCCUGUGGAACAGAUCCUUGCUUUUAAGCUUUAUAGAUGAGAUUUGUCGAA